ACGUCCGGCUGCUUUCCUGUCCCUGACAGGCUUUCCUGUCCUUGCGCUGUGUAUUUUCGGGUAAUCGCGUUCGCACCUUCUUUGGCCCGGUCAACAUGAUUCGACGCAGUUUUCUCAUGCUUCUGCAGAUAAGGAAAUAAUUACUCUGGACAUUCGUUGAAUUUGUAUUCACAGUGUGACUACUGUCAGACUCGCUGUUCUAGACAGCAACAUACUUUACUCGGGCAUUGCAAUGGUAGAUUCAAAUUCACGGGAUGGCUCAUGUGACGGAAGUACGACGGGACCUUGCGUCAAGUUCCCACUACGGAGAGUAAAGCUUGCAGUUCACCGAAUCACUAAAGUAGCGAUUCCGUACCACCUCGACAUUCUUUCGAAGCAGCGAAGUGUCAUCGAAAAGUGCCAGAAACUGAAACAGUGGGAGAAACUACAUGAUGCACAAGUCAAAGCAUGUCUUACUGUUCAGCAGCUUAAGGCUGUGCUGUAUGAGCUGGAAACACUAAGUAACCAGGUAGACCCAAAUGACCUGCUGCAGUUUGAGCGCUUGGUGCGACCAGCUUCAGAGGCAACACUUGAGCAGGUGCGCUCAUUUACAGAAGUAUGCCUGCCUGCUGGGCCGGUGGUUGACUUCUUUGCAAGGCCUGAAACGUCCUCGCUUGAAGUCGUACCUGCCACUAUUCCCGAAGUUGACGUGCCCUCACCAGACAAUGUUUCAAUGGGACAGCAGAAAAUUUACAUUGAACAUAUUCCUGACAACACAGCUGCUUCUAAGUCGUGGAAUUCGCUAAAGAGGGACCUACAUGAUCUUCAUGACUUGGUGAGCAGUUUCAGCAACCUCGUUUAUGCCCAGCGAGAGAAAGUCGAGACCAUAGAGGACAAUGUAACGCAUGCUGAUGAGCAAGUGGCACGUGGCGUAACGCAUCUGUCACAUGCAGCUAAGCUGCGCAGGGCUCUGCUGCCAGUAACAGGAGCCUUAGUGGGCCUGACCUUGGGGGGUCCCGUAGGCCUGGUGUUAGGCACCAAAAUGGCCCUGGGAUGUGCACUUGGUGCUGGAUUGCUAGGUUACACUGGCGGCAAAGCUCUUCAGCGCAGGGCACGUCAAGAGAAAAUGCCAAUAGUGAAAGACAUGGAGCUGCAAGAAAUAUCCAAACGGCAUUCGCGAGACACUGAAGCCACCUUGACCUCAUUUGCCAAGCCUGUUAUUUUGUAACAGGGAACCUACAAAUAAAAUUGUUUCGCCAUUA